AUGCCUCAAGCCUUUCAGCUUCAGCAGAAGCCACGCCAAUCCCAAUCGCCAUCAGGAGAAGCUCAACAUGUUGAACCGCUGCUCGACCUCCAGACGCCUUGUUCGCCCCUGCGCCAACACAUCGAUCCUGAAGCUCUGCCAAGGCCUGACUACUUCGAAUCGCUGGACGCACUACACCUAUGGUACCAGAUGCACUAUGGUGACGCUCUCAACGACGAUCUCGAGCAAUGCAGCAAUCACACCGGCCCUCCCUCGCCCUCAUCCUCCAGCUUUGCCCUUACUGGACCAAAGCUGGUCGUAUGCCACGACUUUCAAGGCGGCUACAACGAGAAUCCUCGCCAGCAAGGAUACUCUCUGGAACACCUGCAUCUCGUCGAUACGUUCAUCUAUUUCUCUCACAAGCGAGUCAGCAUUCCUCCCGUCGGCUGGCUUACGGCUGCAGCGAGAACGGGCACAAAAGUUCUCGGCACACUGAUCUUCGAAUGGUCCGAGAGCGUCCCAGACAUGGCACGUCUGCUUCGAGGUCCCGAACGCAAAGCUAUGCCUUUACGAGGUGAGCCAUGCUUCUCACCACAGUACGCAGUCGAGCUGGUCGAGCUGGCUCUGCAGCGAGGCUUCUCAGGCUACCUGGUCAACAUUGAAGUCGCCCUGGAUCUCGGAUUCAGCUGCUCCGGAGAGGCCUGGCCAGCUUGGGUUGGUGAACAUGCUCGAAUCGUUGAAAUGCACAGAAAUGCAGAAAGGCUCCGGGGCUGGCUGCACUAUCUACGUGAAGAAGGCACAAGACGGUUCGUCGAAGCUGGGAGGGAUGCAAACGAAUGGGAAGUCAUGUGGUACGAUUCAGUCGUCUACCCACACGGUCAGCUUGCAUGGCAGGACGCACUCAACGAGCACAACGUCUCCUUCUUUCAGGCUUCUCACACUUUCUUUACCAAUUACACCUGGGCGAAACCCCCACAACCUUUACCGCCAGGUCAGCUCAUCGAUCCGAACGAUGAAAAUCCGCAAAUAUUACAGCUGCGUGGAUACGGCUUGACAGGUCCAGAAGACGGCGGGCACCACCCACAGCUGCUCCUUUCUGCUGCCAUGGUCGACAGCCUCGAUCGACCAAGAGAGCACGUCUUCGUGGGGAUCGACGUCUUUGGCCGCAACUGCUGGGGCGGACUGAAGGCGUGGAAGUCUCUGGAUAUGAUCGGUCCGCAUCGGCGAGAGCAAGACGGCCUCGGGUUGAGCGUUGCGCUUUUCGCUCCUGGAUGGACCUGGGAGGAAGAAAGUGCAGGCCUGACCCUGGAAUCAUCGCAAGCAUCACAGAAACGCAAGUGGUCGGACUGGUGGCACAUCGACUCCUCCGUCUGGAUCGGUCUACCAAGCACGCCAGCCCCUGGACAAUUCCGAAUCACGUUGUCACCGGACGACGUCAAGCCACUACAGUCAUACUUCAAUUGGUCGAACUUGAGCUUAGAUCGCAGUCGAAGGCGUGCAAGCAAAAAUGGUUUCUACACCAAUUUCAGCUUCGGGUCGGGAACAAAGUGGUUCGAUGGUGGCGAGCUUGUUCACGACUGGUCUCGCGGCACGGAUCCGAGUUCUGGAUUCACCGAUACGGGAGUCUGCAUGCCUAAACCGGAUCUUCUAUACGCUGCAGCGCACGACGAUCCGAGCACGGCAGGAACGCCAGAGUCUCGACAGGAGUCUCGUUCUUGGACUUUCGAUCACGCGCGUGUCUGGUCGGGCACUGCAUCACUACAGGUGACGAUGAUAUGGGAGGAUCACGAUGCCUUAAAUACUGCUCGUCAAGUUCCUGUUUCGCUUUGCUCGGCUGUGCUGGAGGAUUGCGGAGGAAACUUGGAGGAUGCGGAGAGCAACGAAUGGCAGUACACGAUUGUCUACGAUGGAGAGACUCGUCUGCAGCCGCAUGUGGCAAUCGCCGAGACCUCCAAUCAAGCGGGUGGCAUCCACAUCCGAGACGAUGGAGCAACGUACCGCGACCUGCCGAACGGAUGGACAGCAGCAACGGUCUCGUUCGAAAUCGUCCACUCUGACAGUAGUCAAGCUCUAGAAUGCCCGACACUCAGUCUCGGCUUCACAGCUUCUGUGCAGCCUAGGACAUCUCCGCAGACUCGCAUCGGCGCUUUGCAGGUCUCCAGACAACCUGUCUCUACUGACAAUGAAGCGCUCAGCAUAAAUAACCGUCCGGCAUCAGAUCUGUCCGAUGCUGCCACGUCCAACGAGCAGACGAAGAGGCUGCAAGCAUCAGUGCUCGAUUGGACUACCUCGAGGAUCUCUACGUCCUCAAUGUACUACAAUGUAUGGGUGCAGAAGAUGGAUCGUCCCGAGAGCAGGGUCUGGCUGGGUACAUCUACACGCGAAGCGACACGGUACGAGUUCUGCCUACCCGACCAUCUUGCGCUCCCCCCGCAAUUGGCACAGGAGAUGGAGACAGAUUUGGAGUACAUCGUCACCUCAUUAGACAUUCUUCAUCCUAGAAUCGUAGCAAGAGCAAGAGUCACACUCAUCUAG